UACACAUACGUGAGUUUCAUCACAUAUUUCCAUGCAUGGGAGAAACGUCAUUUCCUUUAUCUGUAAUUUUACAUUUUUCACAUGAGUCAUGGCGCAAAUUAAUAUUAAUUUUGGCUUGUAAUUAUUAAUCAACGUCGCCCAAUGCAUCAGAUUUACAGUGGCUGAAUUGGCGUUAUCAGGAGGUGAUAAUAUUGUACGCGCCUAUACUUAUACAUACCUACGUUGGCGUGCGCCUGUUGAUAUAAUUUCAGUUUCGAAAGCAUUUGUUGUCACGCGCGAGUAUAUUUUGUUACCAUAAAAAAAAUGCUGCUGUUCAACCUUAUAGUGCUGGCGACAGGAACGGUUUCAGCGGCGGUGGUAUUUGAGGAUUGUGGAUCAGAGUACGAAUUGGAUGAAGUUAACAUAGACGGGUGCGGCAUGAGGCUGCCCUGCGUAGUCACCCUGGGCGAGAAUGUUCCUGUCAACGUGAAGUUUUAUGCGGGCUUCUCAUCAACGCAACUCGACCAGGAUGUGGUGAUCAAUAUCAACUUAAUAAACUUAAAAACAAAUGUUACUCCAGAGCCCUGUCAAACUGUGCACUGUCCAGUAAGAACCAACGCGGUUACUUCUUUUACCAGCGUUAUGACUGUGCCCACCAAUAUGGCUCUGAAUCAACGGGGCUAUUUGCGUUGGCGCGUAUACAAUGAACAAGGCAGACAAGUGCUGUGCUACGCCGUGCUGGUGCAAACUCAGAGUCCACUGCAGAAGAUUCUUCGUCAAGCGAUGGCCCGCGUCCAGGACACACCGAAACACUCCCUCAAUUUGAGCAACGUAAAUGCCACUGAGCUAUCUUACAUAGAGAAAAUAGUCAAUGGUCACUAUCAGACAAAUAGUAGAUAGUUCGACUGUUAUGAAUACAUCUAUUGUAAAUAGAAGGCAAAGUGAUAAUGAAAAGAUAAUGGCAGACGUAAUAAAACUGUGAUUUACAGAUAAUGUAUUGUACCUACUUAAUGUCUUUGUUAGAGGAAAUUAAAGAUAAUGAUUAAUAUGAAAUCAGAAAUAAUAUACUAUAAAUAUCUAAUUUGUAAAAUGCCAUUCAGUAGAAAUGACAAAAAGUAAACAAGCAAGGGCGCCGGCAGCGGGGUGCAAGGGGGUGCAAUUGCACCCCCCUGGCAGAUGAGAAUAUAUAUAAAAAAAUUACGUUUGUUUUAGUUGGACCAAUAUAAGUCUGCAGUGAUUUUGAUAGCGUAACUCGCAACUAUAUAACACAAAAAAAUAUUACUGCAUUCUAUUCCAUCUAUUAUGCACCACCCUGAAAGUAAUCCUGGCGGCGCCCAUAUAAACAAGUUGUUUUGUUUUACUAAAAUAGGUACUAGUAACUAACAGACGUGUUUCUAAAAAAAUAAAAAUAAAGUGUAGGAUGCAUAAAGGUGAUUGAGAUUGAAAUUGAGGGAUUACG